AUGGCGCCUGGUCAGAAAGCAUACCCGCGCGGGACGGUCAAAAAGAUUGUUAAAGCCCAUUCAAACUGCAAUCUCAGCAAGAAUGUUGAUGUCAUGAUCUACCUAGAUUAUGUUCUUUUCAUGCAGACCCUCAUUAAAGAGGCAGCCAUUGAGUCCAAGAAAUCCGGUGAGAGGGGUAUCACUGCUAGGAGCGUGAAGAAGGUCACCUCGGAUACCUUGACCAAGUUUAAGGGUUGA